CGUCGUCACGUCAGUCUGUGUUCUUGAAGUGGUAGAGAAGGUCGUUGUUUUUUAAAAGUUUUUAAACGUUCCAUAAAAAGUGAGAAUUUUAUAUCAAACUCUAGGAGUUUUUUAAAAAGAAAAGAAGACUGAUCUCAAUGUGAGUGACUGUAAAUAAUUUUCAUCGGAAUCUGUAUGAUCGCAGAGAUCACUUCCUGGAUCGGUAGUUGGUAAAUCCAUGGCAGUUCUGUUAGCCUGAGAGAAAAUACAAAUAGAAAGCUCUUUGUAAGCUCUACCAAAGAAAAAAAAGAUCAAAAUCAUGGGCAGGACUGUGACAGUCGCCGUUUGCACCCUUAAUCAAUGGGCUCUGGAUUUUGAGGGAAAUUCUAAGCGAAUUUUGCAGAGCAUCCAAAAUGCAAAAGAAGCUGGCGCUACUUACAGAAGCGGACCAGAACUCGAGAUAUGUGGAUACAGCUGCGAGGAUCAUUUUUACGAAUCGGAUACUCUUCUCCACAGUUGGGAAGUUCUCGCAACACUUUUGAGAUCUUCCGUCUGCGAUGAUAUUUUAGUAGAUGUUGGUAUGCCCGUUAUGCAUAAAAAUGUCACCUACAACUGCAGAGUUGCUUUUUUAAAUAAAAGAAUAUUGCUAAUAAGGCCGAAGAUGCAGCUCUGCGAGGACGGAAAUUACCGAGAGACGAGGUGGUUUUCUCCAUGGAUGAAGGAACGUACAGUCGAAGACUAUUUUUUGCCAAGGAUGAUUUCUCAAAUUACGGGUCAAAGUGUUGUUCCUUUUGGCGAUGCUGUCAUUUCAACACGAGACACUUGCAUAGGUUUCGAAAUUUGCGAGGAACUUUGGAGUCCUUCCAGUAAUCACAUCCCGAUGACACUGGACGGUGUAGAAAUUAUUGCAAACGGAAGUGGAUCUUACUUUGAACUACGAAAAGCCUACGUUACAGUCGACCUCGUGAAAUCUGCUACUUUUAAAUCUGGAGGCUGUUACAUGUUCAGUAAUUUGCGGGGUUGCGACGGUGGUCGACUUUAUUUUAAUGGAGGAUCGAGUAUAACCUUGAACGGGCAAAUUAUUAAUCGGGGAAAGCAGUUCGCUUUGGAAGACGUUGAAGUUACUGUUGCGACAAUUGAUUUGGAAGAUAUCAGAACCUACAGGAAUAAUAUUCGUUCAAGAUCGCAUUGCGCAGCAAAAUCAAAUCCUUAUCCCCGAGUGAAAAUAGACUUUGCCCUCACAUCCGAGAGUCUUCUUUCCGAUCCACCAGAUCAGCCACUUAGCUCAAAUUAUUGCCUCCAGGAUGAUGAAAAUUGUUCUAAUAAAAUUCUGUAUCACACUCCAGAGGAAGAAAUUUCACUCGCCCCGGCUUGUUGGCUCUGGGAUUAUCUCAGACGAUCCGGUCAAGGAGGAUUUUUCCUACCUCUGAGUGGAGGAGUGGAUUCUUCAGCAACAGCCUGUUUGGUUUACUCCAUGUGUGAUUUAAUUGUGGAUGCUGUUAAAAAAGGAGAUGCCCAAGUUCUCUCGGACAUUAGGAAAAUAGUCGGGGAUUUCGAAUAUGUCCCUACGGAUCCAAAGCAACUUUGCAAUACUCUCCUAGUCACUUGCUACAUGGGAACGGAAAAUUCAUCCCCUGAAACGAAAAGCAAAGCUUCUGAACUCGCCACUGAAAUUGGAUCAUAUCAUCACUCAGUCGUCAUCGAUGUCGCCAUCUCUGCAAUUUUGGGAAUCUUCCAGCAGGUUGCUAAACUCACGCCAAAAUUUAAGGCACAUGGUGGAUCGCCAAGGGAGAAUUUAGCCCUCCAAAAUAUCCAGGCUCGACUCCGGAUGGUGAUUGCUUAUCUUUUCGCACAGUUGAUGCUUUGGGUUCGGGGACGACCUGGAGGACUUCUCGUCCUCGGUUGCAGUAAUGUUGAUGAAGCUUUGCGAGGAUAUUUUACAAAAUAUGACUGCAGCAGUGCUGACAUCAAUCCGAUUGGUGGAAUUGCUAAGAAUGAUUUGAAAAGAUUUCUGGAUUACUUUGGGAGGAAAUACAAAAUCAGAACUCUAACUGGAAUUCUUGAAGCUCUUCCAACUGCGGAAUUGGAACCUUUGCAGGAUGGGCAUUACGCGCAGUUGGAUGAAGUUGACAUGGGAAUGACUUACGUUGAGUUGGGAAUUUUUGGGAGACUCAGAAAACAAAAUUGUGCUGGUCCAUUCUCGAUGUUCUGCAAACUUGUACACACUUGGGACAAUUGCACACCUAAAGAGGUGGCAGAUAAAGUGAAGCAUUUCUAUCGAUGCUAUGCAAUAAAUCGUCACAAAAUGACAGUUUUGACGCCUUCUUGCCACGCAGAAACUUACAGUCCUGAUGAUAAUCGAUUCGAUCAUCGGCCUUUUCUUUACAAUCACUCCUGGAAAUGGCAGUUCAAUGCUAUCGAUUAUCAGGUGCAACAAUUAAGCAACGAAGAUAAAUCGCCCAGAAGACGCAAAAGUCCUCCACAAGUGCCUCCGAAAACAAGACAAUUACCAAUGAGCUCUGUGAUUAGUAAUAAGAAACAUCCAGGAGUUAUAGUUUAAUUCACGAAGAUUAUACACAAAAAUAAACACAACAGAUACUUCCGUCUCUAUAUUUUUGAAAAUUUGAUAAUUUUUGAAAAUCUUUCGGGAUCAGAGAUUAAAUUUAGAUUUAAUUAUAAGAUGCUAGUGCUGCGCACUUAAUAAAUGGCUAUGCGCUGUUUGGAAUUUAAUAAAUUUGUCUGCGUUACGCAGGCGUUACGAAAAAA